CGUAAAAUUUAUAUUAUUUAAAAAGAAUAUUUGCGUUGCUCAGCUCACAAUAACCCUCCAAAGCAUUGUUUCGGGACAGUGUCGGUGCUGUGGAGCUCAUCGUAGCGUCACCUAAAAUCGCCAAGUCCUAUUGUUCUUGUGCAGCGACUAAAGCGCUUAUUAUAAUGAUUCGAAGUCAAUUGUGGAAUGUAUGUGAUAUAUAACCAUUGGACCUACGACAAAUGUCCCUUAAUCCUACACCGUCGGUUGUAAGUAAAGGAACUGUGUUUCAUAAUAUGAAUUCAAGCUUGUGAAUGUAAAGAUGCGGUGUUUAGAACUAAUAAUCGGUGUUCUCUUGGUGAUGAAUUCGGCAAGUGAGCUGUCGGCAUUUCAGGUUUACGAAAUGCCUAUUGAAAAUUCCACCGAACUAAGCCAUUCAAUACUGAAAAGUACUCUUACAAACAGUUUUGUUCUCAAUAAAGAUGGCGGUGAAGUGCAACCGAAACUCGUCGAAACUUCGGUCACUGAACCGGACCGAGAUGAGCAAAAAUCUACAGUGACAAAUGUCGUAACCACAACUGCUUCCACCAAUUACAACAUCGGCAAGCCGCACCAGAAACAAGUGGUCAGCAUUCCAAAACACAGCUCGAGUUAUCGCGAUACCCCAUUAUCGGUUAUGCCAACGGUUUCCACGCCAGCAUCCACAUCGACAUCAUCAUCAUCGUCGUCGUCGUCGUCGAUCGUCUCUUCCGGAUCAUCUUUUAAAGAAGAUACCACCAAGAAGGAUACCAACAACGGAAGCGAUUUUAUGCAGCAGCAUCCCAUCCCUGGUGGCUAUAAAAAACGACAGCUCCAGCAUGGAAGACAUCCGGCAACGAAUGGAACCAAUGAUUGGAGCUUCACCAAACAGUCGAACGCAUAUAAGACGGGAAAACAGUUCGUUCCAUCACCAGAGCUGGUGCAAGCCUACUCCGCAUCAGAUCACCAUAAUCGGAAUACACACCCGAUCGAUGCGUCAUAUCCGUCCAACGCCGUAGAUAAUGAUUCCAGGUGGUUCGGAGCAAACCAUCCCGCGUCCUAUCCUGCAGGAUUCAACUCUGGAAUGAGAACGGAAAAACCUCCUGUUCAGGAUUGGCCAAUCAAGACGGAAUACAACAAAAAUGGAAAGUUCCUGUGGUUACCCAAUAGGCAAUUCACUUUCGGGGAUGGAGAAAGACCUGAUUCGGAUAGCCCGAUAAGUAGACCCAAUUCGAAACUAUCUCCCGCGAAAGGCCAGUGGAAGUGGAUCCCGCUGGAGGAGGAAAGUGAUCUUACGAAACAAGGGCAAUCCAUUCCGGAGGGAAACGGUCAAACUGCACAUCUUGAAAGUAAAAUAGUAGUUGGUCAUCAUUUACCCAAAUUCCCAUUCCGUGAUCAUCCUUACUCGUUCGACAGUGGUGUUCGAGGCCAAGUUUCUCCUUUUAGUGGAGGAAGCAGUAGCGGCAGUUCAUCUGAUGGGCCGGAAAGUAUCUCUGCACAGUCAGGACUGGCUACAUUUCCCGGAGGCAUUAACAGUGGCAAAGGGGACGACUCUCUUAAGCACAUUUCACCAUGGAAAAAGAUUAUCCACGUACUGACGGCGGCCAUUCCGAUCGGGCUCAUUAUCUCGGCGUUGACCCCCAAUGUUGUUUAUAUCAACCCCAACAUGACACAAACACCGGCACAGAUGCAGACUCCGACCCCUUUAGGUAUCAAUCCAAACCGGCAGCGAUCGGACGGUGACGUUGAAACCCAUCCGUUGUUUGGCUUACUGAAUGCCAUAACUGCUGGCCACGUGGUAGAUCCCAGCAGGCCGUUCCUAUCGUCGUCACGCAUCACCGGAAGUGGAUGCGAGGAGAAAUCAUUUUGUGAGCUAACCCGUUUCGGAAUGAACCGCGAUGCCGAUGUCCUCUCGAAGAUGCUUUGGAAGAUUGCCAACGAGACACCGGCCGAUGAUGUGCGCCGAAGUGGCCUGGAGGAGAUUUUCCGUGCCGUCAAAGACAAUGACGGCUCGAGAUUUCAAUGCAACAACACUUAGUCCUGUGUGCUGCGGUUUGUGGUUUCUUCGUUCAUGAGCGUCGUGCGGAUGUUUUUCUUUAUUUCUCCUGUUGGAUGCAGACGCGCGAACCAAAUUGACUUUCAUCGAUUAUUAUAAUUAUUAUAACUAUAUCGUGUGAAGAACCAUUAACAAUAACGCGAAGAUGGAUGCGAUGGACGCGUCUGCAGCCUGCACUUGUGUGCAAGUGAAGAAAUAAGUGAAGUUACAUAACCAGAUAAUUAUUAAUCUCUGAUAUUAUGUAAAUUUAAAUUUCUCUUCAAAUAAAAGU